AUGGCCCAGGGAAUUGGGCGUCUUGCCUUGGCUGGCGUGCCUUACAUACUCUCACUGAUUACGAUCAUUAUUAUUAUUCUGAUCUUCGUUGCCGGCAACAAACCCGGGGCUCUGGAAGACCUCGCCUUGUUGAAGGUUCACGUCGGGUCGCUCACAAUACCAUCCAAACUCUCCUCGUCGCAGUUCCUUCAGGACCUACAAAAGAUCUCAGGUGCCGAUCUCACCGGUAGUUCUGCCACGGCGCAGUCCCUUGGCCUCGCUUCUCUAUAUUCAGUACAUGUCUACACGACCUGCGCCUACUUCAUCGCCGAGACAACGUGCUCUUCGUUCAAGGUCGGCUCGUGGUUCAACGCAGCGACAGCGCUCAAGCUCGACACCACAGUGGUUUCUAUCAACCUCUCGGAUGACUUCAACCACAGCUUUGACACCUACAAGAAGGCAGCGUACUUCAUGGGCGUUGGGUUCAUCCUGGCCUUUGUAUUCCUGGUUCUUGCUGCGGUUUUGUCCGGCUUGGGCAGUCGAUUUCGCACCUUGGCAGUCUCAGCAGCGGCUCUGUCGUGGAUCGCGACAGGUCUUCUGCUGAGUGAUGCUGUUGUUACCCUCGUCACAGCUCGCAGGACUGCGGGCGCUGUCACGUCAGAGUUGGGCAGUCUGGGCAUCACCGCCGAGCUAGGGAAGGUAGUAUACUUGCCUUUCUUUGCCUUUGCACUGUCCCUGAUUACAUCCAUCUUGUACACCCUGGAAAUUCGUCGCACACGCACCAACGGCCUUGGUCCAGCAGCCAAGAAACGCGCCCUUAUGGUCGGCGCUGCCUCGUUCAGCGACAGCAAAGGUGAAGCGGAAGCCGCGGCGGGAGCAGGCAACGGCCCGAUCAGUUCGGCCAAGCCAGGGAUCCUGCAGCGUGUCACGACGUGGACGCGCCACCGCUACGUGCAGGUCGAAAGGCAGCCUGCCGUUGCUCGCGCGCCUGACAAUGACGAUGGCGGGAUGGCGAGCCGGACCAACGCCCUACGCGGCCAGCGCGACUUCGACUACGACAACCCGGCCGAGGAGGGCGACAUUGCCAUGGUAUCGCUUGGCGGCAGGGGCGAGUCGGGGAACAAUCAUGGUCCUCGAGAUGUGGCGUACGAGCCGUAUUCUACUCAGCUGCCGCCAACUCUGUCAUUGUCCCACGAGCCGUACCUACACCAAUUUUCUGACGACGGACACGGUGACACUCUGCAUCAUUCCUCGCGCAUUACAGAUGUCAGGGAGCAGGGCAACGACCGCCCGCUGAUCACUCAUCCUGGAGUUUGA